AUGAAAGCAGUUGUCUACACUGGUAACAAGAAGAUCGCGGUCGAAGAUCGCCAGAAACCAACUAUUCUGGAACCCACGGACGCUGUCAUCAGGAUUCUUUAUACCACCAUAUCCUUGAAGGCCACGUCCCGUCUUGCACUCCAGGACGCAUUCUUGGCCACGAAGGAGUCGGCAUCAUUGACUCCCUUGGCGUCGCUGUCACGAACUUCACAGUCGGUCAGACCGUGCUUGUCUCCUGCAUCACGUCCUGUGGCACCUGUGGCUACUGCCAUCGGCAGCCAAGGCCUCGUAGAAGUUGACGCUGCGUUCCAUGUGAAAAUGACUAAGCUGUCAGAUUAUGAGAAGACCGUUGGAGCGGCCACCUGGUCUGCAGUAAAUAAAUCCGCCAGUGACAUAAAGAAGCGAAAAGUGAAGAUAGCAUUCUUCAGCGCAACGCCACAGGGAGGCGGGGUUGCCCUGAUGCGCCAUGCCCUUGUCCGGUUCGCUAGGGUGCUCGGUGUAGAACUGAACUGGUACGUUCCUAAACCACGCCCUGGCAUCUUUCGCAUCACCAAGAACAACCAUAAUAUCCUGCAAGGUGUAGCACCUCCCGACACACGGUUCACCCCGCAAGAUAGGGAUACCCUCCGUGACUGGGUACUUGAGAAUGCCGAGCGCUUCUGGUUUAGGAAGGCUGGGCCACCAGCUGCGUCUUGGCUCGGGAAGUAUGCCAUAUCGCUUCCUGGUAUGAAUGAACUUCCCUGGUUGCACAAACAUGGCCCACUGGUUCACCCAACCGAGGGCGGCGCCGACGUGAUUAUCAUCGAUGACCCGCAGCUGCCGUUUUUAAUUCCGUUAAUCAAGGAGCGCACCCCGGAUAGGCCAGUCAUUUUCAGGAGCCAUAUACAAAUCCGAAGUGAUCUCAUUGCUACACAAGGCACUCCGCAGGCCGAGCCUUGGGAGCUUCUAUGGGAGAGUAUUAAGCAAGCAGAUGUCUUUAUCAGCCACCCUGUCCGUGCGUUCGUUCCAAAUAAUGUGGCCCCGGAGAGGACUGGAUAUAUGCCUGCCUCCACUGAUUGGCUGGAUGGACUCAAUAAACCCUUGGAUGAUUGGAGUAUUUCCUACUAUUGCCGAAUUUUUAAUUCAAGAUGUAAAGAGCAGUCUAUGCCAACCAUUAAUUUUCCCAGCGAGGACUAUAUUGUGCAGGUGGCUCGGUUUGACCCUUCCAAAGGUAUAUGCGAUGUACUCACCUCGUACAAUGCCUUCCACAAGCGCCUUUCGGAAUCUCGUCCAGACCUGAAACCUCCAAAAUUGCUCAUUUGCAGCCAUGGAUCGGUUGACGACCCCGACCUUGCGAUUGUGUACAAUUCUGUCUUGCAGUUUGUUGAGCAACAUCUGAAGCACAUCAAGUCUUUAGUCUGCAUAAUGCGUAUCGAUCCAAGUGACCAAAUGCUCAACACUCUUCUCACCAGGGCAAAGAUUGCUCUGCAGCUCUCCACUCGCGAAGGGUUUGAAGUAAAAGUCUCGGAGGCGUUACAUAAGGGAAAGCCCGUGAUCGCAACGCUGGCUGGUGGGAUUCCAUUACAAGUUCAACACGGCAAGAAUGGGUUCCUAGUCGAGCCCGGUGACACCAAUGCGGUAGCUGAGCAUCUCUUUGACCUCUGGGCAGACCAAGAUUUAUACGACCGCAUGAGCAGAUACGCUGCGAAGAGUGUUAGUGAUGAGGUGAGCACUGUGGGUAACAUGUUGUCUUGGCUGUACCUAGCAGCAAGAUUGUCACAGGGAGAGAAGAUCCGGCCAAAUGAGGGGUGGAUCAAUGAUAUGGCCCGCAGUCAGGCCAACGAACCGUAUCAUCCGGAAGAGAACAAGCUUAAACGGGUGUUAACAACAAGCAAAGCGAUGUAA